CUUUGACUCUUCCAAUUCCAUUCCAUCUUUAAAGUUUAAACACCCCACUCCCUUUCUCUUCCUCACUCAGCCAUGGUGAGACUCAGAGACGACCUCUGCAUAACCGUUCCAACCUUCUUCAAGUGCCCCAUCUCCCUCGACGUCAUGAAAUCCCCUGUCAGCCUCUGCACCGGAGUCACCUACGACCGCUCCAGCAUCCAACGCUGGCUCGACGCCGGCAACAACACCUGCCCCGCCACCAUGCAACUCCUCCAAACCAAGGACUUGCUCCCCAACCGAACCCUACACAGCCUCAUCCAGAUCUGGUCCGAUUCGCUUCACCGCCCCCAACCACUCGCAACCCUAUCUGACUUACAAACCCAAACCCAAUCCCUAAGCCUCUCUUCGCUCGCCAAGCUGCGUCACUUCGCCCAACACUCUCACCACAACAAACUCCUCCUCGCCAAAACGGAAGGCUUCGUCGAUCAACUCCUCCACAAUGUCACCGGGACCUGUGUUGACUUUCUCCAACAACUCCUCGUCCUGUUAGCUUUGCUUCUGGACAGCAUCGAAGAUCGCGACGGAUUCAGAAACUCUAUGCUCAAAGGAAACAAGCACGGAUUGGAUUCUCUGCUUCUCGUUCUGCAACGAGGAAGCUCCGAGUCGAAAAUCGCCGCGGCUAGGAUUCUGCAGUUCGUCGCGGCGGACGCGGAGGCGAAGCUGUUAAUCGCGGAGAAGGAAGGCGUGCUGGCGGAGUUGCUGAAAUUGGCGGCGCCGGAGAAAGAUCCGGAGGUAAUCGAGAACGCUCUGGCGGCUUUGGUGGCGGUCUCGACGCCCAAGCGGAGCAAGUCGAAGCUGGUGAGGCUGGGCGCGGUGAGGGCGAUGUCGAGGCUGUUGACGGAGGCGAAUUUGGGCGCGGCGGCGGUGGAGAAGGUGCUGAAGGUGGUGGAGACGGCGUCGGCGACGAGGGAGGGGAGGAGGGAGAUAUGCGAGGAGGCGGCGUGCGUGGCGGCGGUGCUGAGCAAGGUUCUGAAGGUGUCGAGCGCGGCGACGGAGCACGCGGUGACGACGCUGUGGAGCGUGUGUUACCUCUUCCGCGAUCGCAAGGCGCAGGAGGCGGUGACGCAGGCCAAUGGCUUGACCAAGAUUCUGUUGCUGAUGCAGAGCAAUUGCGCGCCCCACGUGCGCCAAAUGUGCACCGAUUUGCUCAAGAUCUUCCGGGUUAACUCCAAGUCCUGCCUCUCUUGCUACGACACCAAAACCACUCAUAUCAUGCCCUUCUGACACCUUAUUCUAUUUUAACGCUUGUAAAUCACACCCAAUUUUGUUUGUCCAUACAUACACUAUUCAACAUCACCCUAAAUUUCAUCUUAUCACUUUCUUACACUCUCUUCACGUUUCCAAUAAUCCAACACCUCAGACCAUUGCCAAUUUCGUUGCAGUACGUUUUGUGUCAAUUCUCCAGAAGGAUAUAUCAUCCUUUUACUGUGUGCUUGGUUUUUGGGUCGACAAUGAAUCACACUAAUUUACAAUUAUCAAACUAAUUACUUACUUGCUUUUUGUUUAA